UGGGGCCCGAUCGUCGUCGACAAGGGCGAGGGCGGGACGGUCACCGUGGGCGACAUCUUGGACGCGGUGUUUGACUUCUUCCAGGUCCCGCUCACGUAUGCGGAGGGGUACGAGCUGCCGCGGGAGCACUCGGCCGAGUUUAGUAGGAUGAGUCUCGCGUUCCAUAAGCGAUGCCGCGACUACCCUGCCAUACCUGAGAAGACGUAUGAAGGUGGCAUGCUUCGCGUCGACGCGCUCACGGACCGAUAUAAGUGGUGGGGCAUGUGGGUGCAGUGGAACCCUGACGGGUCGUGGUACCUCAACUUGGGC